AUGACGUCAAGGAGGAGAUCAUCCACCUCACCAGACAAACCACCACACUGUAGAGUGUACGGUAGACAUCUCGAGCUUUACAUUGACCACUGUGCCGAGUGGUGGAUUCUUAUUCCCCUUGAGCAACAGUUGGUCCGACAGAAGCUUAUUUGUACUCCAUACAUCCCGGACAAGAUAGACAAAGGCAAGAAGAUCGAUGUUCACCUCCAUCUUCAUGCGAACCUUCCAGGAAUGGAUGCGGAUGCCGAAGAGGAGGAAAGGAAGCAAUCAUAUCACAAGGCCCAUCCAUCUGUUCCUAUCAACGUAGCAACCAAGUCUGGAGACCUUGAUAUGGUUUGCCAUCGUGAGGGACAUCGUGAAGAAAAGGAGGUUCUUCCUCUAAAAGAUAUUCAUAGCAAUAUGAGAAACCGUAUUCUAAUACCAGUGACUGUGCUUGAAGAGGACGUUGACUUUCCAGUUACUAUCACAAUUGUACAGACGGGAAAGCUUGACGUUGCAAUAUAUUUCGCCUUUGUCUUCAAUAGUUCAGCUCUCUCUUUGCCAUAUCGCUCUCUCAUUAUUCAAUCACACACACAACUCUUUCUCUUAUAUUUUCCACCUCUCAUCUCUUCUCGCAAUUCAUUCAAAAAGAAACAACACUGGGUGAUUCCUACUUUGGCGUUGGUGUUGGUAGCACAAUUUAGUUCUUCCUUCAUCCAAAACCUAAUCGCGGUUAGAGGCAUUUCAGGAACUGACAUCCAUGAUGUCGAGCUGCACAGCAUUGCUGAGAAGAUGUCUAUGAGCCAUUUCUAUGAUUUGGGGAUCGCACUUGGCUUUCGAAUCCCGAAGUUGGAUGCCAUAGAAUACAUGCAAUUAGGAAACAGGCAGCAGGCUAUGUAUCAAAUGCUGGUGAAAUGGAGGCAGGCACAGUCAUCUGGUCUUGCAGCGAAGGAUGCGCUGCUGUCAGUAAUGGAGUCGUUAGGUCUGCCAAGCAUGCCAAGUGAGGACAUGCAAAUAACAGACCUCGGUUCUGACAGUGAAAUCCAAGACAGUACGCUGCUUACCCUCUCGAAGACGAUCAAAGCAAAUCAAUUCUACGAGGUAGGACAAUUGCUUGGUCUAACAAAGAUGGAUCUUCAACACAUAAAGCACCGGACGUUCUCCAACCAGAAAGAUGCCAACAUCCAAAUGCUUUAUAAGUGGAAGUCAUCCCAAAUAUCGACAGAGAAAGGCAUGCAGACUCUGAAACUUGUUUGGGAAUCAAUACAAGCAGUAGGGAAAACAGAAGGCAGCGAAGAUAUCUUGGAUAUAGGAGAUUCCGCUCGUCUGGACCAAAUUCCUGCAGAGGAAACUAAACCAUGUGAAUCUACCUACGAAUCAGAUAAUAUGGACGUAAUAUACACUGACAUGGACGCUCGCGGUGCAUCUCAGGUGAAAUAUGAGAGAUCUCACGAAGAUCCCGACUUACAUGGCGGAAUGUCAAACACAGAAGAGCUUUGCAGCGUCGCCCGUCCUGUAAAAAGUCUCCAACAAGUAUGUCUACUUGGGAAAUCACUUUGUCUGGAUGAUGACGUCAUUCUUGAGAUCAUAGAUCUACGAAGACUGUCAGUGCUCCAUAGCAUCGCACGGCAGAUUCUAGACAAUUGGUGGCAUGGUUUGAAAGAGGACGAAAGGAAAGAUCAGAGCUCAAAGCUGCUUCUCGAAUACAACAUUACAAAAAUCAACGAAGGUCAUGAAGAUGUCUUAGGCGCUAUUCGGUCCACCGCAGACCUACUGACCUUGUGUCAUCGAGUAAAAGUGAAUCCUUCGAGCGUUCUGCAGAUCAUGAGCUCAUCUGCAACCUUUCUACCGCCUUACGUCAUCGGUCGUGUGGUAAUGAAGAUGCUGAACCAAUGGUUGCAGAAAUGUGGAACCAGAGAUAGACUUCUGGCAAUUGCUCAGGCAUUUCGUUUCAAUGACGCAGUAACCAAGAUAGCAGAAGCACUCGAAUCGCAACCAAGCUACCCAAACUUCAUCUCGCACGGCAACAUUGAUCACAGAGGAGGAACAUUUGCCCUCGAUCAACUUGGUGUCACACUAUCUAUUCCCGAAGGAGCUAUACCAAAAGGAAUGAGAUCAGUUGUGACCCUUCAGGUAUCAACUCAUGAUGCUCCUAGGAUUCCUCUCCGAGACGGUGAGGUCCUGGUUACCCCAGUCAUAGAAACUUCCCUCACACAAGAACUACUCAAACCUUGCAAGGUCGUACUACCACACUGUUUAAGUCUCCGGGGAAAAAGUGAUGACUAUUCUACCAUUCUCUACACCAAAACAAAUCCAAGGACUUUUGGUCGGAGGAGCAUUACUAGAGGUACAUCGCAUACCUCAAAAUCUGAGAUCGUGUUUCAUACACGUAAUCUUCAAGUCUUGGCUCUGUCUUCUAGCGAUAGUCCAGGAGUUCAUUUAAAAUGUGUUGUCUUCCAGCCAACCAUCUUGACUCCAGAAGAGGAACCACGUUUACGUGUCUACAUAGUCCAUCCCUAUAGGAUAUAUAUGAAGCAUAUAAGCAGAAAGGAAAGGACUUCAUCUGUUCCCUACUGCCAAGUCCAAAAGGAAUUCCAAUUCUCAAUACAGCCAUCGUCAAAGGACCUUAAUAUUAUACUCCAGGAUGGAGAAAAAGUACAGAAUGAAAUGAUGCCAAUUGAAGGUAUACUGAUUGGAGAAUGCAAUCCUCUGAUAUUCAAACUGCAGUUCUCUGCUGAAGAGAAAGGCAACAAGGCCUUGAACAUUACCAUCCAAGAAGAUCGCAAACGAACAGCAGAAAAACAAAUUUCCAUCUCCAUAGAAGAUCAGCCAGAUUAUGCUGUCGACAUCACCGUGGAUUCGCAUCACCAUUUUGCAUCGAAUAAUCUGCUUGAGGUUCUUGCCGAUGUGAUCCAUAAACCGAAGGAAUUUACAUUUCUUGGCUACCAACUUGGCUUCUCGCACCAAAGCAUGAGGAAAUAUAAUGAUCCAGCUGACGUUUCCUUUGAUACAAUCUCAAGAUCAGGCUUGAUUGAGAUGCUAAGUGAGUGGAGACGGAGGGUCCGACCAAGUGAGCAGGUAGAGGAACUUUAUCUGGCCUUGCAGAACGCUGGUCUAGAAUAUGUAACUGAAGUGAUCCUACAAGAAAUUUUAGUGGGUGGUGCCUCUAGGAAGAAGUUUGAAAAACUCAAACAAGAAUGGGAGUCAAGAAGUAAGAAGAUUAGUAACUAAACUGUUGAUGAUCACCCAACAACCAGGAAGGACUUCGCAUGAAUUAUGUAUUGAGUACUACAAUGGAACGGAAUAAAAUCGCCUACAUAUUCUUCUUUCAUGUCAUACUUUUACAUAUACUGGUAGACAAGUUGAUCUUGAAUUGGAACAUCACUGUACAGUCUCCUUGCAGCAAUCAAACAGCUUGGCUGCUCCAAUCCUAAAGCUUAGGGCUAUGGAGAUGUUGUAUGGUUCGGGAUGUUCGGCACCCUCUCUUUAUGAUGUCAUCGUCAGUAUAUCCCUACAUUCUCAUGUCUCUAUGUAAACGGUGUACAUUGAAAUGUUUAGAUAUUAUUUACCAAAUGUAAUUAAUGUAUGUUUGUAUACCUUUCUGUUAAUUCUUACUUUUACCAUUUGAAAUAAUUAUGAGUUUGUAUUAUAAUUUUGUCCAGUUGUCAAUAAAUAUGUGAAUAAAGACUUGAAUUCAAUUAAUCUUCCGUCAGCCUUUUUUACACGUAUUCCGGUAUUGAUAAUGUCCUAUGGAUUUAUUAUGUUAUGACGAUGAUUAUGCUGCGUACAUUUUUUCUCCUUUUGUAGUCCUUAUCCAGCUAUCAAGGUGUAUUCAGCAAGAGCUUUUCUGCUUUACUGAGCCUAAAAUAAUAUCUCAUAGGCCUAGCCGCCUUUUAUAUAAAGAACAUAUUAACCGAUUUAAUAAAUGAUUAAACAAAACUCGUAUUGGCGUUCCUUGUACAGGACAGUAUUUUGGUUUUCAUUAUAUUUCUCUUUUAAAUUCACAUUCAUAUACGCGUUUACUAUGUCUAUAAUUGAAUUAUUAAUUUGUUUAUUGAAUGGAAUGUACUUGUUUUGUAUUGUGUUUAUGAGAAGUAAAAUGUAUCAAUCAAUCAAUCGAUCAAUCAACCAACCCAUCAAUCAAUCAAUAU